AAUAAUUAUUAUGAAACCAACCUAACAGAAUGUAGAAAAUUUUGGGGGACUCAACCGAUAUGUGGCUUUUCCCCCCGUUUUAUUGUUUGUAUGCUUUUCAUGUUAUUUUACUCCUUUAAAGCAAUGUCCUUUAAAAGAAUCUCCUUUCCAUAUGAUACUAUCUAUUUGGUAAUCACUCAAUUUUAAAAAUUGCAAGAUAACAUCUCAAAGAUUCCCUGCUAUUGAGUCAAGUAACUAACCUUGUAAAGUUGAUUCAAAAAUGAAAUAUUACUUCAAGAGUUCUUUUAUUCUUUAUAUCAAGUAAUGAAUACUUAUGCUAUCUUUCCUUACCAACUUUAUUGGGUCAAGAUUUGGAAGAAUGAAUUAUUUUUAUCAAAUUGGGAUUUCAUAGUUAUUUGCCUAUAUAUAAGUGUAACAACUUGCCUGUUUUGUUAGACGACUUAAUUUUGUCAUCAAACAUGACCAAUUGAAUAUGUGAUUCAAAUUCCAUCGGAAAAAAGUUGAGAAUUCAUUUGUACUAAAUGAGAUAAUUAAAUCAAUAGUAGUUUGAUGAGAGCAUUUCACAAAGAGAGUGGAUGGCGGACAUGGUACAGAACUAAUCAAAGGCAGGGACAAAGAAAGAGCUUCAUCAUCAUUUUCAACAAAUCAAUAUGAUGGUGGUGAUGGGAUAGAGAAUAAGCCAGAAAAGUAAAUGGAGCACCCAUCAAGAUGCAGAUGCUCAUAGACAAAGAGAUGUCCAAAAAAAAAGACUCCAAGCACACCCUACCAAAUGUAGUAGCAAAACUAAUGGGGCUUGAGGCCCUUCCAAGGGGAGAGCCUCAUUUAUCUAUGGAAAGAAGCCACAGAAGAGACUAUUCUCAACAAAUGUAUGGUCCUGUAGGCUUACCAUUCAAGCAUUGGCAACAGGAAGAUAGGUUUAUGGAUAGGGAAAUGCUUCAUGAAGUUCAUCCAAGCACAGAACAGGUUGCUUACAAAGAUAUGUAUGAAAUAUGGCAGCAAUCUCAGAGAGCAAGCCAUGACAGAGGAAAGUGGAGUGAAGAUGUUGAUGAGAAAAGAAUGGCUCUGAUUCGACAGAAAUUCAUGGAAGCAAAACGUCUGUCAACCGAUGAGAGACUGCACCAAUCUGAACAAUUUAAAGAUGCCUUGGAAGUUUUAAGCUCCAAUAGUGAUCUCUUGAUCAGGUUAUUGGAUUCUCAAAAUGUUUCUGAUUUAUACUCAACUUCACCUAAUGAGACAAAGCGCAUUACUCUUAUUAAACCUUUGAAGAUGGUUGACAACGACAAAUCUGCCAGAAAGGAGAAAACGAAUAAUAGACCGAUUAAGAAACCAUCUAGUGUUGAUCAAGCAAAUCCUGGAAACUCUCCAGAUAGUCAGAAAGUUGAUGAAUCUCCGGUCCGAACCACUCGAAUAGUGUUACUAAAGCCAAGCCCAGGGAGGACACCUGAGCAAAAGGCUGUUGUUUCUCCAACAACUUCGCUGAAUCUGAAAAGCAGAAAUUUCCAUCAUGGACCUGAAUAUGAUGAUGUACUAGAAUCCAUUAGAGUGGCAAAUGAGAUCACACAGCAAAUGCAUAAAGGCCCGAGGAGCUAUCAAAAGGAUAAAACUCUGUAUUCCUCAGUGUUUUCCAAUGGCUAUUCUGAUGAUGAGAGUUCAUUCAACAAAUCAUAUCAUGAGUAUGCAUCUGCGAAUUUCAGUGAUUUUGAAGCUACGUCAAUGUCACCAUUGCCAAGGCUUUCGUGGGAUUACAAUUACAUCAAUGGCUAUGGCAGCCCUUAUUCUACAAUGUCCUUGGGCCGUGUGCCAUGCUCUCCCGAGUCAUCGGUGUGCAGAGAGGCAAAGAAAAGACUUUCUGAAAGAUGGACUAUGAUGACAUCAGAUAAUAAGGGUCAUCAAGAACAAAGGCGAGCAAGGAAAAGCUCUACCUUGGGUGAGAUGCUUUCUCUUACCCACAAAAAGAAAUCUGUAACAUCUGAGGUUGAGAGUAUCAAUGAGGACCAAGAACCUGGCAAAUCUGUUUCUUGCAGUCAUUCUUUCAAUGCAGAAAUAAGCAUUGAGGGUUCUCCUAAAAAUCUCCCCAGGUCAAAUUCUGUGCCUGCAUCUUCUACUGUAUAUGAAAAUGGCCUCACAGUUAAAGUAAAUGAUCAUAAGAAUACUGGCAAAGCACAAGGCUCCAAGGAGCAGAAAAAGCCUAAGAGUAUGAGAUCAUCUUUUAAAGGGAAAGUUGCUACUUUCUUGUUCUCAAGGAGUAAGAAAUCAACCAAGGAAAAACCAAGUUCAUCUCAAUCUAAAGAUGCAUCCCAAUCUACUUCCACUGUCACUGCAACAUUAGUUCUUCCAGCAAAUUCACCUGGAGUCCUUAGGGGUGAUGUGUCUCAAAGCAUCAAUGUGGAUGGUUUUGAAGAGUGUUCUCUUGCAGCGCUAUGUGAAUCAUCAGGGAAAAAUUCAACAGAUUCAGUCUCUAACGGACAUGAAGAAGACAUGAUUACACUAGAGCCUGGAUUGACUAUGCCAAGGCCCAUGGUGCCAGAGAUUCAUUCAAGCGAAAACCCAGAUCAGCCAAGUCCAAUCUCAGUGUUACAACCUCCAUUUGAAGAUUAUAAUAAUAAUAAUGCAUCACAUGAGUCCUUGAACUGUAUGAAGAGUGGUGACCAGGGGUCACAGGUGCCACUGAAGUCCAAUUUAAUUGACAAAUCACCACCUAUAGAAUCAAUAGCUAGGACCCUAUCAUGGGAUGGUUCUAGUGCAGAAGUGGCAAGUUCCUAUGCAUUAAAACCCUUAAUGGUUUCUUCCUUGGACUCCAAGGUAGAGGAUCAAGAGUGGCUUCUCUUGGUCCACAAACUACUAUCAGCAGCUGGACUUGAUGAUCAACACCAACAUGACUCAUCUUACACUAGAUGGCAUUCCCUUGAGAGCCCAUUGGACCCAUCACUGAGGGACGCAUUAUACGCCAAUCUAAAUGAGAAGGAGCCUCAGCCAAUUAUGCAUGAGCGCAGAAGAAGGAAGAUGAGAUCAAACCACAAACUUGUGUUUGACUAUGUCAAUGCUGCACUAUUGGAACUUGUUGGUUAUGGGUCAGAAAAGUGCUUAAAGAGAAGUAAGAGCCACUGCAGGGUCCAAGUCCAAGAGGGUGCAUCAGCAGCAGCAUCUCCCUUAUUGGUGGACCACAUUGUGGCCCAAAUGAAGGAAUUAAUAGCAAGUGGGGUGAGGUGUGAGUGGGAAAAUGGUGGGGCCAGCACCAGCCUGGUGGUAGAAAAUGUUGUCAGAAAAGAGGUUGUGCAAAUAGGGUGGGUUGAGCUUAUGGAAUUGGAGAUUGAUAUUUUGGGGAAGGAGAUUGAAGGGGACUUGAUUCAAGAGCUUGUGGAGAAUGCAGUGGUUGAUUUGACAGGCAGGGCCUCUGAGUCCCUCUCUUGAGCCUUUCUGCUUUGAUUCUUAAAUUAAAUAAAUAUUAUUGUUGUUGUUGCAUUUGAUCAUUCACACUACCCUACAUACCUAAUUUAUUAAAUUCUAUGCUACCAAAUAAAUUUGUAGUUAUUUGACAUUGAUGACUUUGAAUUUUAUAUACAUAAUUACCUAAACAAAGGA